GAGUCCACGCACCAGCUGACAUGCUUGGUUUGGGUCGGUGCGGUCAGCAGGAUAUGACCCCGCCCCUACCGCAAAAAUUCUUUUGUCCCUUUUUGUCCGUGUGUGGUGUCACCACAUGUGGAACGAGAAGCAUGGAAAAACCUAGCGUGAGCGAAAUGCUUCAGACAACACGCAGUUCACGCACGCACGCACAGCCAGCCACCGAACACGUAACGCAGCUUGCAUCCACCAGAUGUCGCCGUCGGUCAAGUUUCGCCCCCAUGCCCCUCGUAAGGCGCAUGCGUGGUUCGCUCACGUCCACAUUUUCCCAUGUAAGCCUUGAGUGGACGAGGCACUUCCGCUCGUUGUAUUUUGAAAGGGUGCCGAGCGGACGUGUCGCGGACGUUUUCUUUUGGCCGUUGAAUUUGAUGCCGCUCGCACAGCAUCGACGCGGCAGGAAGCGGAGCUACGAGCAGAGCGACGAGCGGACCGCUAGCGACGGCCAAGCAGCGGCGGCAGCAGCAGCGGCAGCAGCAGCGGCAGCGGCAGCAGCAGCAGCAUGGCGACGCCAGGAGCGGAGCCCCUGCUCGGCCAGCCGGUGGCAUCGCCGCCGCCCGGCCACAUCGGCGCCAACGGCGGGGCCGCGCCGCCUAACAGCCGCGGCUUGGAGCGAGCGCUUGAGGAGGCGACGCUCAGCGGCGCGCUCAACCUCAGUGCCAGGAAACUCAAGGAGUUCCCGCGGACGGCGGCCGGAGUCGACCUGAGCGAUACGGUGGAAGCAGAUUUGUCCAAGAACCGUCUGUCGGACGUGCCCUCGGAAGUGUGCCACCUGGUGGCCUUGGAGAGCCUCAACUUGUACCACAACUGCAUCCGAAGCAUCCCGGACGCCGUCAUCAGCCUGCACUCGCUCACCUGGCUCAACCUCAGUCGCAACCAGCUGAGCUCGUUACCGGCCUGCUUGUGCACUCUGCCGCUCCGAGUCCUCAACGCCAGCAACAAUAAACUGGUCAGCCUGCCCGAGAGCGUCGGACAACUGCGUCGCCUCAUGGAGCUGGACAUUAGUUGUAACGAGCUCACGACCCUACCGCGACACAUCGGACGUCUUCGGGCCUUACGGGAGCUCAACGUACGACGGAAUCUGCUCUGCGUCCUUCCGGAAGACCUGGCCGACCUUCCUCUGGUCAAGUUGGACUUCUCGUGCAACAAGGUGUCGACCAUUCCGCUGAGCUACCGCAAAAUGGCGCGGCUGCAGGCCCUGCGCCUGGAGAACAACCCGCUGCAGAGCCCACCGGCACAGAUCUGUCUCAAGGGCAAAGUUCACAUCUUCAAGUAUCUCAGCACGGAAGCGUGUCGCAGCGACAAGAUGGCCGACCCGCUCUACCUGCCCGUCAUGGAGCGCCUCAGCCUGAUGCGCGGCGAGGACUCGGAGCAGCAGAGGAAGCAAGACAGCGACUCGGGAGUGGACAGCGACGUCGGAGACAAGAGGCUGUCGGCGACCGAGCCGUCGGACGAAGACACGCUGAGUCUCAACGUGCCCAUGAGCCACAUCACCGAGGAGGACGGACUCGGCAAGGACGACUCCAGCGAACACAUCAGCUCCCUGACGGAUCCCAGCUCGGAGGCGGCGCGUCUAACCGAGGAGAGCCCCAGCGAGCCGUUGUACGGCAAGGGCCAGACGGCGGCGGCGGCGCCAGACUCGGACGAGCCGCUGAGGAUCGACGAAGACUUUCACUGGACGUCAGAGCACGAGUCAAAGGUGACGGGGGACGACUCGGACGUGAUCGGCCAGCCGAAGGAGGCCGCGGAGCUUGUGCGGAAUCCCGGCAGAAUCAACCUGGAGCAGGAAGAGCUGUGCGGCGUGCGACUGUACCCGGUGGAAAGGCUCACGGCGGACCCCUCCGUCAACGGGCAGGACAGCGACGACGACGACGGCGGCGGCAACGCGCCAAAGCGACUGAACCCGAGCAGACUUCCCACAAUGUCCGCUGCGCCCUUUGGACUCAAACCUCGCUCGGCCCCCUCCUCGCUGCCCUGCUCGCCCCCUCUCUCCCCCACCCGUCUCUCGCAGGCCCCGCCCCUCUGCGGAACUUGUAGCCGCGGAAAGGGAGGCGCGCCCCAGUGCGUGUUCCUACGCAGCCAUAAGAGUGUGGAGUGUGUGGACCCGCAGUUCACCAUGAGGAGGAAGAUGGAGCAGCUGAGGGAAGAACUGGAGCUGAUGGAACAGCUCCGAGACAGUAUCGAGAGCCGGCUGAAGGUGGUGCUUCCCGAUGACCUGGGCUCGUCGCUGAUGGACGGCGUGGUGCUUUGCCACCUGGCCAAUCACAUUCGCCCGCGCUCUGUGGCCAGCAUCCACGUGCCCUCGCCCGCCGUGCCCAAACUCAGCAUGGCAAAGUGUCGCCGCAACGUGGAGAACUUCCUGGACGCCUGUCAGAAGAUGGGCGUGCCCGAGUCUUCUCUGUGCUCCGCAUAUGACAUCAUCCAAUGCCGCCUGCCGCCCCUGUGCGCCACGGUCAGGACGCUGGUGGGCGGGAAGCGCUCGGAGGCCAUCCGACCUCUGAACAAAAAAGCCGCAGCGGCGGCGGCGGAUUCGGUCUCUGCGUCCACUCAGACCCCGCCCCCGGCCUGGCGGCGGCGGUGGUGGGACCUGAUUGGCUGCAGCCUUGGCCACCUCUUCUGCCUGCUGCUGCUUUUUGCCGUCUACCUUUGGAGCGAGCUGACGUAACCGCAGCGAUGGGGAAAAAGCGUCCCCGGGUUUUGGCGCAAUGGCAACCUGAAAGGAGCCCAAAUGUCAGGCUUCCGACGUCAAGCAAAAGCGCUCGCUUGCGCAGGUCCAAAUGUAACGCUAACGCUAGCCUCAUUGUUAGCAUUGGCCAUUUAGCAUUCCGUUUGAGUGUCUUCUCACUUUUGUAUGGUUUUGUGCUCACGUUUUUUUUUUUUUUUCAACUUGAGCCACACAAUGGCGAUUUAGCACAAUCCCGCCAGAAGGUCUUCAAAGUCUUUCCUUGUAACGCGCUUUUGCAACAGCCUAAGCAAAGCACUUGACACAACAUAGCACAUAGUCAGAAGAUAACAUCCCAUCACGGCAACUGUACGACUCGUUUGAAGCGAUGAAAGCCAAGCCGUAUGGAAGAAACGCUCCUCCGUUUGAAAAAUGUCAAUUUUGUGCUGUGUUGUGCCCUUAAAAACUGUCAACUGGUGUUUGUAACAAAGAACCCAUAUUUACCUAACAUGUCAAUAAUUUGCAUUGAAUUGUGAUGUGUCGUUAAUCUUUUGUCAAAGGUGCCGCGCUCGCCCGUUACGGAGCGUAGCUGCCCGCUGACGUCAUGCCCGGAGGCGGAGCGAUCAGAGCAGUGGGCAAUGUUGUUCCGAUUGCAAAGCUCAAGUUCCAAUCCAAAAAGUAGCCGCUUGAAGAUGACCAAAAUCCAAUUUUGAAAAGCAAAGUAGCCUCGAUACCACUUUGAACACCCCCAAAUGAAUCGAACAGUCGGCCAAUUUCAAUCUGAAUGGAAGAG